UUUCGAUAUGUAAUCGCUGGAGUAGUCCUACAUCAAGUAAUCUUGUGAGAAGGAAAACUUGUUCAAUAGGAGCUGAACGCAUAUCCUUAUCUCUAUUCAAAAUUUCUUUCUAUACAUAAAAUAUUACAGCGAUUUAAAUUUUAACAAGUAGUAAAAGCGCACCAUGAAUGAUUACAUUUCGCAAUUAAACAGAAAUCGCAACCGAAAUGAAAGUCUUUGACGGUAACAUAAUUGCUUCACGAGCCAUACGUGGUCUAUGCAUAAAAAGAAAAUAAAAUCGACAAUUAGAAACGACUGCAGUAAUAUAAUAGUUGUUCCAUCUCUAAUUUUUGCUAAUAUAUUUUGUUUACAAGUUUGAAGGUUUAGUGAAAUUUGUAAACAAGCUCUAAUUUAUUGGUUUUUAAUAAUGGCCAAUGCUCCUACAACUUUAACUCAAAGUACAAGAAUGCAACCGCCUCCAGGUCUAAAAGCUCUUAUUGACCAUUGUCAAAGUGUUUAUCCAGAUCAACCAAAUCCUUUACAAGUAACAACAGUGUUGAAAUAUUGGCUUGGUGGACAGGAUCCUUUGGACUACAUUAGCAUGUAUGACAAUAAAGGAGAUCCAGAAAAUGGGGUUCCACCCCAUUGGCAUUAUAUAAGUUUCGGUUUAAGUGAUCUACAUGGAGAUGGUCGAGUACACACCAGGGAACUUAAUGAUGAACGCUCGGGAAUGGGUUUUGAAUUAACGUUCCGUCUUAUUAAAUCAGAAUCGGACGAGAAAACUUUGGCAAAAUUCAAACAACCUCCAACAUGGCCGGCAAACUUAUUACAGGCAAUAGCCCGUUAUUGCUUUCAAACAGAUGCCCAACUGAGUAGUAUUCAUACGGUGUUUGGAACAGUCGAGUUUUGUCAGAUAGUUGGUGUUACGGAUGAAGAACUUGAACAAGCAUCUCGUUGGAAUGGACGUGGUGUUCUGAAUUAUUUGCAACAAGACAUGCAGACAGGUGGAAAAUGGUGGAUUACUAACAUGAAUCGUUCGCUUAGUGUAUUUGAGCUUUGUCCCGAAUUGCUGUUAAAUUUGCAAGAUGACCUAGAAAAACAAGGAUCUGAUUUGGCUGGAGUUAAUGCUGAAUUUACCUUUCGGGAAAUUCGGGGAGAACUAUUUAUAAAAAAAGAGAUAAACUCAGAAAGUUUAAAUGAGCAAUGCGUAACCGAUGAAAAUAACGUGGUAAAAAAUGAAGUAAAGUGUGAUGGCUUGGAUUUCCCACAAUCAAUGUCAGUGAGUAGUAAUUCAUUGCAUAAAUCGUGUCCCCUUAGUUAUCAGCCAUAUUCGGCUGACUCUAUAUCAUUGGAUGGAAUUGAAAUCACUUUGGCUCCGUAUGCAGCAAAAUAUCUUAUACUAGCCAUAAAAGAUCGUGUUCGACAUGGACGACAUUUUACAUUUAAAGCACAACAUUUAGCUCUAACACUGGUGUCAGAAACCGUCACCGGAGCAAUUGUAAAAAAAUCUUCCCCAUAUGGCGUUAUAGGGUAUUGGAUACAAGUGCUAAUUCCUAAUGAGCUAAUUCCUCGAAUGUUGGAGGAUUUCCAUAACUCGCAAAUAGAUAGUAGUUGGGAAUGCAAAGAACGUCAGGAAUUAUAUUGGCCCGAAUACAAAUUAAAGUUGAUAAUUGAUAAUCCCAAUAAAAUGGAGCCUACUGGUCUAUAAAAAUUGUAUGUCAUCAUGUAAAAAACUGUAAUUAUUAUUAUUUGUAAAUAGAAUAGAAGCACAAACAAUAUAAGCAAUACUCGAAUAUAAAUCAUGAUAAAAUAUAAAUAUAUCUAUUGCUGCUGAGAAAAUUAUGUAAACAUUUUAA